GAGUCGUGUCGACUUCGUGUUUUCUCUCAGUAACUCCGUGUAUGUGUCGUGCUGGUUUCGGUCAUAUUGUCAUGUCGUGUCAGAGAUUGCCAGCUCUAGAUGAGAGUAGAAAACUUUUAAUGCAAAAGAGAGACGGGAAAAGAAAACUUAAUGCUUGCACUUUUUUUUUUUUUUGAAGAAUAAUGCUUGCACCUCACACUACACACUUUUCACCUUAUGGAAGGAUGGUUAGUCCCUCCAUCUCCCCCCAAGUGGCUGGGGGUUCGAUCCUCAUCCCCCAUUUUCUUGUGAUAGGGUGGGGUACCCCCCGUAUCUUACCGCAAAAAAAAAAAAAAUUAAAUAAUUUGAUAAUGCAUUUUUUUUCUGGAAAUAUUAGACAGUUAUAUUUUAAUAAGGAGUAAAUGAAUACGGAGUAUUCCGUAAUAUCAUUCACCGGCAUUAUUAAGGGAAAGCACUCGACUAACUUCGACUUUUUCGAAAAAAGAAAUCUAAAACCUCAAUUGUCCCGCUACUCCCUAGUUGGAGUUAAACCCCCGGAAAGCCAUAGUGCCAUACCGAUAAACCCUCUUCCUCUUCAUUGCAUACACUCGCAUAUUCAAUUUCAGCCCCCACUCAAAAACAUCUUAAACACAAAAAUGAAGAUUACCGAGAAAACUCCCAAGCAACAACAACCUAAAACCAAAACAAUGAAGAUUACCCAGAAAAUUUCGAAGCAACAGCAACCUAAAACCACAAAAAUGGAGGUUACCCAGAAAACUCCGAAGCAACAACAACCUAAAACCAGCGACAAUAUCUUCGCAUCAUGCUCAUUCUCCAGCCUUGGCCUCGAAUCUUCCUUAUGCAACCAACUCCAAGAGAGGUUGGGGUUCGAAAAACCUACUCAAGUUCAAGCUAAAGCAAUUCCUGUUAUAUUAUCUGGCUGCCAUGUACUUGUUAAUGCAGCAACUGGAACGGGUAAAACUAUUGCGUAUUUGGCUCCAAUUAUUCAUCACUUACAGGCAUACCAGCCUCGAAUUCAGAGGGCUGAUGGUACUUUUGCGUUGGUACUUGUACCUACGCAUGAGUUGUGUACACAGGUUUAUGAAACUCUACAAAAGCUUCUGCACCGAUUUCAUUGGAUCGUUCCAGGAUACCUAAUGGGAGGUGAAAAUAGGUCAAAAGAAAAGGCGAGGUUGCGAAAAGGUAUAUCUAUACUUGUUGCAACUCCUGGCCGCCUUUUGGAUCACUUAAAGAACACAUCAUCGUUCUUGUAUUCUAAUUUGCGCUGGUUGAUUUUUGAUGAAGCGGAUAGGAUACUAGAAAUGGGGUUUGGUAAAGCAAUUGAAGAAAUACUUGAUCAUUUUGGCUCGAGGCAAAGCGGGUCUAAUGAUAAAGAAAGUGGGAACUCUAGAAAAUUUGAGUUUCAAAGGCAGAAUCUGCUCUUAUCAGCUACUUUAAAUGACAAGGUCAAUCAUCUUGCUAAUAUUAGUUUAGAAAAUCCAGUUAUGAUUGGUCUUGAUGAAAGGGAGCUCCAUCAAAAUUCGUCUUCCAAGCAUUUAGGAUCUGAGGAUGAAGCAGAACACAUUGAGAAAGUUAAAGACUUCAAUGAAGAUUAUAACCUCCCUUCUCAACUAACACAGAAAUAUGUCAAAGUGCCAUGUGGUUCACGGCUUGCAGUUCUUCUUUCUGUUCUCAAGAAUCUUAUUGAAGGACAAGCUACCCAAAAGGUGGUUGUCUUCUUCUCGACUUGUGAUGCUGUGGACUUUCACUACGAACUUUUUAAGGAGUUUCAGUGGCUGCCUAAUUUUGCAAAAGAAACCAAAGAGAAGAAGCUAUUUUUGAAUUGGGAGAUUUUCCACUUACAUGGGAACAUGGAGAACAAUGAGCGGAAAACUACAGUUUCUUCCUUUAAAGCAAAAAAAUCUGCUCUUCUCUUAUGUAGUGAUGUUAUUGCUCGAGGCUUGGACGUCCCUGAAAUUACAUGUAUUAUACAGUAUGAUCCUCCUGGAGAGGCCACUGAAUAUGUUCAUAGGGUUGGUAGAACAGCUCGUUUGGGCCAGAAGGGAGAUUCUUUAUUAUUUCUGCAGCCUAUUGAAUAUGACUAUUUGCAAGAGUUGGAAAAACAUGGUGCCUUGUUAACAGAGUAUCCACUGCAAAAGGUAUUGGAUAGCUUCCCAUUGUACGGUCAGAAGCACUUCUCAAGGAAGUUUGUAUCAAUUGAAAUGCAUCCCUGGCUAAUAGGUCUACAGAAGGCUCUCGAGGGAUUUAUUACCUCUCAGUCAAAGUUGAAGACAAUGGCUCAGGAUUCAUUUGUUUCUUGGAUCCGAGGAUACACAACCCGUAGAGGAGAGCUAAGAAAGAUAUUUGUGAGGCAGAAACUCCAUUUGGGUCAUGUUGCUAAAAGUUUCGCUUUGAAAGACCAGCCCUCUUUGGUAGGGAAGUCGGUACACAAUCAGAUAAAAAAGAGGAAGAAGGGUGAGCUGAUAAAAAAGAAGAAGAAAGAGCAGAUAAAAAAGAGGAAGAAGAUUGAGGAGAAGCUGACAGGAGUCACAGGACAGAGGAAGAAGAGGAGGGUCACUGUUAAUACAUAAAUGUCGAGUGAAAGGACGUACGGUUGUAAAUCUUCUUCAUCUUUCUGUUGACAACUCUGCAUAUAAUGCAAAUACAUGAAGACAAUUAUGGGGCAUGUGAUAUGUUUGGUGAUUUGGUCAAGACCCACCCCAAGUGGUAAGAGGUCCGUUUCAUUUAACUUAUCUUUCCCAAUUUAAAGCUUCUUGGUUGGCUUCGAAAAUGAUUGUCCCAAGUUCCAAAAGAUACUUUCAAGUUUCAACCCAUUUAUCACCCUCGGCAUCUUCCUUGAAGUUUUUGUCCUUUGAUGGAUCUAUCUGGUAACUCACCCGUCACUAGACCAAAAAAAAGCCACGUACGGUAUAUUGUGGCUCUCUGGGGUUUGGUAACCCUUGCUCAUCCACUCGACAUUGAUAUAUCACUUGCAGUUAAUCUAAAAGUUUAUAGCACUAGUCAUACGAUUUAAUCCAUCUAAUUUUGUUUUGGAAAGUGAAAAGGACUACACAUACUCAGGGGAAAAGUCUUUAAACAUCUAUUUAUUA